ACAGGACGUACUACGGUCGUGUGGGAGCGACCUACUCUCUACAUAUCCCCCGGCCUCCUAGAGGCACCCUACCUCACUUCUGCCAACUCACCUUCAUCGCUUCAGGAGACGCUUACGGUGACUUGGUUCAGCUCAGUAUUGAAAAAUUCAAUCUGGGCAGGUUCGUCUCACACACCACAUCCGGCUGUCCUGACGGGUACAUGCAGAUAGAAGAGCUGAGCCGCCCCCUCAACUCCGGCUAUUGGUGUGGCACGUCCUGGGGCCACAAUGUCUUCUAUUCCGAGACAUCUGCUAUCACCGUCAUGCUCAGAGUUUUCAACCUGAGUGAUGAUGACGGAAAUCUCAAUCCAGGAGCAUUCUCUCCGCAGGAUACCGUCCUGCUCGGUGUCUCUUACAAGUUCUUGAGGAAGGAGAGAGCAAUACUACGUUACGGCGCGCCGUACAGUCCCAGUUAUCGAGGGGAGGAUGUAUCCAACUCUUUUUGUGACAAGACAUUCGAAAACUGUGACAAGAAAAAUUGCAAAGUUCAGUCACCAAACUUCCCAGGGAUGUAUCCAAGAAACUUAACUUGCCACUACCACAUCAGGCAGACUAGAGUGCCGGAUGGAAAAAUAGCGCUGAUCCGCGUACGUCAACGUAAUCCACAUCUUAUUUACAUUAAAGAUCGCAAUGCCCCACAUCUGGUAAGAGACAGAAAGCUUCAAGUGGGGCCCAACUGCUAUGUGCUUCAUGACUAUCUAGUAGCCUAUGACGGCAACAAUACGUAUUCACCUGUUUUGGCCACUAUAUGUAAGGGCGGAGCUCCUCUCACUGGAAUAACUUCCAGUGGUCCUGAGCUUCUCCUUCUCUUUCAUGCAUCACCCUUUGACUUUCCUUUCCAGGAUUCUCCUCGUCGUCGAACAUUCGGCUUCGAAUUAGACGUUGAGGUAGAGUUUGUCGAUCGAGAGUCAACAGCCUAUAUCCGCGAUGGAUCAACUUGCGAUUACAUGGUGAGCAGUCGUGGCCAGCGCAGUGGGUACAUACAGUCGCCAGUACACUCACUGUUACCAAACACUACCUGCACAUGGCGCCUCCUGGCCGGGAGUACUGAGGUGGUGUGGCUCUACUUCCUACACUAUCGCCAUGUCUUACACCCAGAGAUGCCGGUGCCAGCCAAGUGUAGCAACACACUAACUAUAACUGAUGGAGACGCUCAAACUGCGACUGCUGAGUCCAAUGUUAUUACAGUUGACACAACUAUCAACAGCACCAUGAAUGAUACAGAGGAAAACAUCACAGCUACGACAGUAAUAGGUCAAUUCUGUCGUCCAGAUCGGCUUCCAAGAGUAUGUAGUGGAGUCCACGCACCAGGGCCCCAUGCAGCACCUUGUUUGCUAGGAGAAAGCUACGUAUCCAAUUCGCCAUCACUGACUCUCUCCCUGCGAUACGCAGCAGGCACAGCUCCUGCACAUAUCGAGUUUCUUGCACGUUAUGAGUUUGUUGAUAAACGUCAGUGGGGAGUCGAAACCCCCGGAGGAGGUCCGUGCGACAGAACAUUCACAAUGCAACCAGAUCGUCUGUUUGCUUCUCCACGAGACGUCUUCCUGUUUGGACGUGGUGGUGCCCGGAAGCUUCGCUGUGUCUAUACAUUCCAGGCUGAACCCACCGAGCGAAUAGUUCUUCGGAUCCUAAGAUCUCGAAUGGGUUCCAGUUGUGGCACAUUAUACAAGCAUUCUUCCAGGCGAUACGAAUGUUCUCACAGUGGGGCUGAUGACAAGCCAGCUAUCUGGAUCAAAGAGGAACCUUGGGAAGGAGUGCUACUCAUGCGUGCUUGCAUCUGUAAUAUUUCCCAUGAGAAACCUUUCGUUCUUAUCUCAUAUACGAAUGAGAUACACAUUAUCUUCAGCAUCCCAGUCAUGACGCCGUCAAGCGAUUACAACGAUUAUUUUCUGGAAGGAGAGUUUUCCAUGAUUGAUGCUAGCAUGGGACUAACUAAGAAGAGUUGUGAGCAGGGCGCUCGACGUCUAGCAGGGCGUCACGGAAAUUUUACUGUUGGUAUUACUCAGGAAAACCACUGUCCGGCUCUCCCACGUCUUGUCACAGCUGCUGAUGGUUCUUUCCUUUUCCUGCGCGUGCGUGGCUUUAGUGCCUCAGAGACUAACUGUGAUGUUUCUGCAAGAAUAAAUAUUUAUGCAGUUGGUGGCUUAUCACCGAUUGCCUCUAUUUGUCCUGGUAAACAAAGUGAUUAUACACACGUUUUUAGUAGUGGCUGGCACGGUCCUAAUCAGACGAUGAAAGACGAACUGGCUGCCACUGACCUCUGGAAUACAUCAGGUAGUAUGAACAUUGGCCAGAGCAACUACUUAUAUCAUCAGCAACAACUAGAGUAUCAAAAGCGAGGGCGUCACCAUCAGCGAAAACAACAAGUGUCACGAGACCUCGUAGUGGAGUAUGUAGGGAACUCCAGCGAGAGGGCAACCAUCACAUGGGUAGGUGUAUGGAAACCGAUGCAGACGGCGCCUCUCUCUCCUGUAGGAGUAGAUCUCUGUCCUCACAGAUGUCCUGAGAUCCAAGCUUGCCUUCCAGCUGAUCUCUGGUGUGACGGGACUGUCAACUGUCCUUCAGGUCUUGACGAGGGAGCAGGAGCUUGUGGUCUAUUAGCCGCUCUUCCGUGGGUGUACCUCGCUGCAGCCAUGGUUCUCUUCAUAUCACUGGUGGCGCUUCUGGUGGCUGUGGUAAUGCAUCGUCGGCGCAUUCAAGCACAGAAGGAUGCCGAUUCAUCUAUGGUAGCCAACAACAGCCACGGCCUGAAAAGCACCACGCAGGACUUUCUCAUCCCGCCGGACAAGGACUCGUGGUGACAAGAGGCCCAUUCUGGCGACGUGGUGCGUGUUGACUACGAGACCACAGUGUAGAUUAACAGGUCUAGUGCCCUAGUGCUUGCCUCUAGUGUCACCAGCCGUCGUUAGGAUGGGGAGCUAUUAUGAAGCAAUUACUUGUAUAUACACAAUUUUCAGUACGGCAGCCGGUGGUCUGAUUCAAAGACAUCAGUUAUUGCUGAAAUAGGGAGCAAAAAAAAAAAAAAAAAAAAGAAAAGAAAAAUAAAUAUCUGUAUAUAAACCAUUUUUAAUACUGUACAUAUGUACACAACCGUUGAAGUUUUCUACACAUGUAAACUAAUUGUUAUAUAUCAGAGAAUGGUACCUCGUGUAGUAGUAACUAUGUGUGAGUGACAUCCUAGUUCAACAAAACAAUGAUUUUACCAAGUUCCAUUAUUAGAUCAUUUAGAAAAGAUUUAUAUUUUUCUGGAGAUAAUCUGUUCAUACAUAUUGUAUAGUUCUUGUGUGUAGGACUUAUGCUGAAGUAAACUAUUAAAUUUUACUUGA